AUUGAACCGACAGGUUUGCGACACCCCUAGUCUCCAUCUUGCUCCGCCCUGCACAACAGUGAAGUGAAAACAGUGAAAAGUUUAGAUCACCAUCGUUAGUAACGAAAAAUGUGAAAGGUUUACAACAUACAAUCCGUGCAAUUUAAAAAUAUCGAAAAAAUAAGAAAAUAUUGGUACACCAUUAAAAAAAAUUGGUAUAAUAUAAAAUAAAAUGUUCAACUUCAUGAAAAAGGGGGCAGUAGUGUGUGAAGAUCGCGAUGAAAAGGAACGCAAGAAGCAAGAGAAAAAAAUGCGUAAAGAUAACAGAUCCGUGGCUGCCACCGGACAUAUGAGUACAGAGGAACUAUUGAAACUAGAAGAGGUGCGGAAAUCUUUGAGAAUAAGGAAUCGCCGAAAAGUAAAGGAAAGGCUACCCAGCGGCAUCACAGCUGACUACAGCGCAUCAUUCUUUGCUCAUCUCGAUGUUGUACGUGAAUUAGAUCGGGGAAACGAAGAAGCAAUUACGUAUGCCAACACCACUAAAUACAUUGAUAACAGCCAAAAAAAUGUUGUUCCUAUGAGCAACUCACAACCCGACUGUUCUGAAUCCUAUUUUGAUCCUGUAAAUUUCAAACAGCUUACAGAGCCCUACACACAACACAUGCACGGAGCAACAUCCCCUUCACCCAGUGUUGGUAGUUUUACAGAUACUUCGAAUUCGUCAUUCGCAACACCAACAUUUUCCCUGAGUCCUGUUGGAGUUUCUAGAGGAUUGUAUCGAUGGCCACAAUAUUUUGACGAAUUAACACUUCCAUUACCGCCAAUAAAUCUGGUAACAAUACCCCCAGUACGAGAAUUGGUAAUAAAACGGCAAAAAGCACCUAGGAACGAUUUUGGGUUCAGCUUGCGAAAGGCUACGAUUUUGGACCCAGUAAACAGUUUACUAUCACCUAAAUUCCAUUCAGUAAUCUUUGCUGAACCAAGUAACAACGUCAAGGUUUCUACUGGUUUAUUGCCAGGAGAUAUACUUUUGAAAGUAAACGGACUACCUGUACAGGACAUGAACCGAGAGGCAAUUAUAGACAUAAUCAAAAACAGCGGUGAUAGUGUAACUGUUCAGGUACAACCUGUUGCGGAACUUGUAGAACUCUCACGUCGUUGUAUGAUGGAUAGCUGUACUGAUCAAUAUUCUAUCGACAUUGUUGAAUGUAAUACAUUGAAAAGAAGUGCGAACAGGAGGCUGCGUAAUAUCACGUUGGCUCCAGAACAAGUAUUGAAUGAUGACACGGGAACCGAGUGUGGAUAAUACAUCAAGAAGGGUUCACGGCUGCGACAAAGUUGUGUUCGGGAUCAGAAAAAACUACGGUGCAGCUACACCAUAAUGGAGAAAAACUGAGUUUUUAUGAUGAAGACAUUGAGAGGGCCAAUCCAGAAUCAUUGGAUUUAGUAGAAGAUAUUUGUCAACUAAUACACCUGAAUGAAUCAUCGGUAUUGCACGUAUUACGACAAAGAUUUUACAAUAAUCUAAUUCACACCCGAGCUGGUCCAGUUCUGAUGGUUAUCAACCCUAUUGCAUCAUUAUCACUUUAUUCUGAAAAGAUCGUCUCUAUGUUUUGUGGUUGUAAAUCUGAAGACAUGCCGCCUCAUAUAUUUUCGCACGCUCAAACAGCAUAUCGAGAAAUGAUAGAAACUCGUCGCGAUCAAAGCUUAAUUUUCAUCGGGCGAUCCGGUUCUGGCAAAACUACGAGUUUGAAACAUGCUCUGUACUAUUUAGCAUUAGCAGCUGGUUCUAAUAAAAAAAUUUUGACUGUAGAAAAAGUGAGCGCUCUAAGCACUAUUCUGGAAGCAUUUGGAAAUGCACAAACAUGUCUUAAUUACAAUGCAACGAAAUGCACCCAAAUUUUCAGUUUAGAUUUCGACAACUAUGGACAGUUAAUUUCUGCUUCGGUACAAAUAUUACUUUUAGAGAAAAUUAAAAUUAGAAGACAAUACGAAAUUGAGCAACAUACAUUCCACGUAUUUUCACGUUUACUACUCGGUGCUGAAGGACAUCUCCAGAAAGAACUGUAUCUGGAAAAUGAUGGCUUUCCCAACAAUCUCUUCAUAAAGCUAUCCGAUAAACUUGAGGAUAAACAAAAAGCCUCAUGCGAUUUCUUCAAACUACAGCAGGCCUUCAAAGUACUCAAUAUGGAUCCGUCAUCAGUAAAAUCAGUUUGGUGUGUGCUCGCUGCAAUAUUUCAUCUGGGAAAUGCCAAUUGUACGAUAACAGGCACGCAAUCAAAUACACGAGUGCAGUUUGCUGAACCGUCACAUGCUAGAAAGGCAGCUACCCUAUUAGGAGUUUCGAUGGAGGAAUUGACAAACACAGUAUUUGCAAAUGCAAUUUCUGAGCAACCGGGUGUGCAGGAUAUACUCACAUCUGCUUUGGAUAGUUUAGAAGCUCUAGUGGUUGGAUUAUAUUCUGAAACUGUAUCAGCAGUUGUAGCUUUAUUGAACAAAGCACUUACAACAUCCAAUGCAACAACAGCAUCUAUUUUAUUAGUAGAUAUGCCAGGGUUUCAAAAUCCUUCCGAUUAUGAUGUGCAAAACGAAGCAUCGCUUUCUGAUUUAAAACAUAAUUACUUACAAGAACGGUUACAAUCACUUUUCCACCAUGUUGCCGUCGAUAUACCUCUCAACCGAUAUGCACAAGAGCUAGUAGAAAUAGGGUAUGAGCCUCUUCAUGAAACAUGUUCAACUUCUUUAAUAAAUUUACUCGAUAAAACACCACAAACCCAUGUAGUGCGUACCUCGCAAAACAAACGGGAUCAGGAUAGACGUGGUUUGUUAUGGAUGUUGGAUGAAGAAAUCAUGUAUCCCAAUGCUAGCGAUGAUACAUUUUUGGAAAGAUUGUUCUCCUCUUACUCUGAUCGGGAGAGCCAGAUGCUGCUGGAAAAGGGACCGAAAGAGCACCAAUUUAUUCUACAACAUAUGCAAGGAACAAAUCCUGUAACAUAUAAUUCAUUAGGCUGGCUUAAAGAAAGUCAUGAACAUCCAACAACUAGUAAAGCUGCUAGCUUACUUCAAGUAAGUUCAAAGCCAGAAAUUAAUAGUCUUGUUACAGUUUGCUUCAGACGCAGCGGAAGUGCAGUUCAUUUUAGUUCUAUUGUUUGUCCUGAUGACAAUAAAUCUUUGCGGCGUGUUUCAAGUAUAAGACGAUCGUUCGCAUCGAGUGGAGUAAAGCGAAAUUCGCUAAUGAUGCGAGUUAAGUUCACUGUGGAUAAUAUUAUCGACACUUUAAGACGAACCGGAACACAUUUCACUCAAUGUUUCAUAUUCCAUAAUAAUUCUGGAACAACUGGAUACGUGCAUUCAAAUACCAAAGGAAUACAUAAUAAAGAAAUUUUAAACAUUUCGCUUCUACGAAAUCAGUUACGAGGAUCGGGAGUAUUACAAUCUUCACGUUUAUAUCGUUCAGGAUUUCCAAUAAGUGUACCAUUAUCCGAAUUCGUUUGCCGUUUCGGAUUGCUUGGUGAUGCUGGUGGAAAUUUGACAGUUCAAAAUAUUUUGAACUUUAACGAAAUAGACUCAUCUGUUUAUCGAAUUGGUACUAGUCAGGUGAUGUUUCGCCCUAAUGUGUUGAGCCAACUUGAAGGAAAACGCGAUGAGUUGCUGUCUGAACGUAUUACACGACUACAGGCUUUCUGUCGAGGAUAUCAAGCAAGGCGAAGGCUUACCAAAAGACGCAUCCAGGAAUUAGCUGUUCAAUGUAUUCAACGAAAUGUGCGUGCUUUUCUCAGGGUGAAGGAAUGGCCAUGGUGGCGAUUAUUCGUGAAAGUUUCGCCCUUGUUGAAUGUGCAUCGAACCGAAGAACAACUUGCAAUUGCGAUCAAUGAAUUGCAGCUUAUGAAGAAAAAAAUCGAAAAAUUGGAAAGCGAGAGGAACGAGCUUAAAGCUGACAACCAAAUACUGGAACAGAAGCUCUCGGAAGUGGCGUCCGAACUUACAGAGGAGCAUUCGUCAUCGAAUUUGAUAAGCGAGAGGUUAGAAGCAGAAACGAAAGAAAGGCUGAGGCUUGAGAAGGAUGUUAAAGCACAUCAAACUAUGUAUAAAAACUUGCAGGAGUCGGCUGAAAAAUUGGAGUUGGAAUUAUUGUGUGCAAAAUCAGAUUUGAGCGGAGGUAUACCUGACUAUUUUGAAAAUGAUGAAGUUGGUGUCAACGUAUAUCGAUUGAAGUACGAGCGAGCUCUACGUGAACUAGAAUUUACAAAAAAACGAUUACAAACACAACAUGAGCAUGAUCUGGAGCAACUUGUUGGUUUGAAAAAGCAGUUGGAGAAAAAGCUAGCUGAUUCCUACGAUGAGGUUGAGGGACAACGGAAAGCAGUCGGCGAGUGGAAGCGUAAAGCUCAGAAAAUGACGAAUGAAAUGAAUGACUUACGCAUGCUGUUAGAUGAACAAAGCAGCAGGAACAAUUUGUUGGAAAAGCGACAUAAAAAAUUUGAUUCUGAGUUUCAAGUUUUACAAGACACUAUACGCCAAGAAAAACAAGCUCGUGAAAGGCUAUCCCGUGAAAAAGAUUUUCUUUUUGCAGAAAAAUCUACGCUCGAGCAAACAAUUUCGGAUGUGCGGCAUGAGCUUGAAUUAAAGGAAGAAAAAUAUGGAGUGUUACAACAAGAGUUGGCAGAAAUGACUUUUGAAGGCAUCACGGAAGAAGAAAUUGCCAAUUUAAAGCGUCAGAAGAUGGAACUGCUGCGUAGAUGUAAGGAACAAGAAGAAGAUCUUGAUGAAAUGGCUGCACAAAUCCAGAUUUUGGAGCAAGUUAAGCUACGUCUAGAAAUGUCCUUAGAAACUGUCCGAAAAGAAUCUCGUAAAGAGACUCAACAACGCGAAGAUGAAAUUGAGGAAAUACGCAGUAAUUGUUACAAAAAAAUCAAGUCAUUGGAAUGCCAACUAGAGCAAGAGCACGAAGAACGAACCGUAAUGUUGCGAGAAAAACAUGAACUAGAAAGGCGUCUAAGAUCUAUUGAAGAAAAUGAAAGAGCAGAACAGGUAGCAGAAGAAACAGUAAUACAAAAGUUAAAGCGUGAAUUAAGGAAAAAUAAGGCCCUUCUUCGUGAUGCACAAUGCCAAUUGGAGUCUAUUAGAGGUGAUUCUGUCCUAAAAACUCAAUUGCGUCAAUUACGGCAUCAGUUAGAAGAUGCUGAAUUUGCUCGAAAUGCAGCUAUGAAAGCACGUAAAUUGGCAGAAAACGAGCUGCAAGAUAUACAGCUGGUCCUUGAAGAAACUCAACGAGCACGUGUGGAUGCUGAAGAAAAAUAUAAUUUAAAUUCACGUGAACGGAAUGAACUUCAGGCUCAAAUAGAUGAGAAUGAAGAAGAAAUGGCUGAAUUGAUGAAAAAAUAUAGCGCCACUAUCAAACAGCUUAGUUUCGAUCAAAGCAUAAUAGCAGACUACGAGAUACGUGUUAAUGAGUUGGAAGCAGAAAAAAAGUCUCUUAAAGAGAAUAUUACGGAGUUGACAUCACGAUUAUCAUGCGUAGAAAACAUGGGCGAAUCUUCUACUAACAUUCAAGGGAAACGUCUGGAACUACGCAUCAAAGAACUAGAAUCACGUUUAGAAUUCGAACAAGCAACACGCAAUAGACUUGAAAUGCAAUUAAAUCGUCACAAAGAUUCUUUCGAAAAGGCUCAAAAUGAACUGAGUCAAAUUCGCAGCAAUGAAAUAAAUGCACAAGAAGCACUGAAAAAAUCACAAAAAACAAUUCGUGACUUACGGGAAGAAUUAAGCAUACUAACAAACAAAGAACAAGAAAGUUCUUCAAAACGAAAAUCUCUUGAAACACAAUUAGAAUCCGUAGAGGCAGAGUGCAAUUCAACUCGUGCUGAUUUACGGCUAGCUUUGCAGCGAAUAUCCGAUUUACAACAAGCUAUGGACGAUGAUGCAUCCUAUCAUUUUGGAAGUGACACCGAUGAUUCAAUGGAUACGGAAAGUGGUUGCUACAAUCACAGUUCAGUUCAUGUUGUGAUGGAUCCGAAGGAAACUGGAAGUUCUGUAGAUAUUAGUUGCAAUGAUGGUGAUUCGCCCAUAUAUACAAAAACGAAUAGUAAAGAAAAUUAAUCAGGGCACGUUAUCUUCGUUCUGCAGGCUUUCAUAAUAAUUCUAGUGAUAGUUAGGAGUUAUAAUCGAGCAGUUAACCUGGAUUUAUUCUUGCAUGCCAAGAAUGAUUAUACAGAUCAUGUGAUACACAUAGAUCGUUGAUUCGUUAUUUUGCAAGGUAUAUCGUGUAUAAUGUAUAGCGACACCAGUUGGAAGCCGGUAUCAUCGACAAUCGAUUUUUCUAAAAAUCUAUGCGUUGAACCUAACGUCGGGCAUAGUGCGCUGUGCGGCGGAUUUGGUGGACUACCCAGCGCACCUUGCCCGACGUUGCUCCGACGCAUAGGUUUGGAGAAAAUCCGUUCUUUGCGUGUCGAAAAUUCCGGUUUUCAACUGAGUGAAUAAUAUUAUUCCUUGAUUGCAAUCAUGGGCCGAUCUACCGUAAAGUGCCGUAACUCAGCGCAGCUAAGAUCCUAAUUUCGCGCAUAUAAAAAAAAUGUAUAAGAAAUCAAAAAUUAUAAUUAUUGGUAAUUUUAUGUAGAUCUGUAAUGUAUUAUCAUCAUAUAGCAAAAUGGAUAAAUGUCGAAACUUUCUCAAUAUGUGUUUAUGAAGUUUUGCGCGAAAAGCGCUGAAAUAGGCCACUUUGCUGUAGCUUUCAGAGCUAAAACAACGAAAACAAUUAAGAACAUGAAGUAAAAAUCUGUCUUGUUUUGCUUAAUAA